AUGUCCGGGGCAGGCGAAGCCAUAGACAUGGACAAGGUGGGGUUUCCAAAAGCGAAAGCCGAUCGUGGCCGUGGCAAAAAAAUGGGUCCGGUUUCCAUGGAUCACGUGCUUCUUGCCUUGAGUGAGACCAAAGAUGAGAGGGAUCUUCGAAUUCGGAGUCUCUUCAAUUUCUUCGAUGCUGCCAAUAAUGGGUACUUGGACUAUGCUCACAUUGAGGCUGGUUUGUCUACACUGCAGAUUCCCCCUCAGUAUAAGUAUGCCAAAGAGCUUUUCAAGGUUUGUGAUGCUGAUAGGGAUGAUAGGAUUGAUUACCAUGAUUUCAGGCGUUACAUGGAUGACAAGGAGUUGAAACAACUCGCACACUUUUAA